ACAAAGCCGACAAGUCCGCAGCACAGAAACGUCGACGCGAUGACGACGGUAUCCACCAUGUCGACGUCGUCGUCGCAGCCACCGCCGCCGCGGCAGGAGCUCGACCUAGACGCUUUCCUCCCAUCCUCUCCCACCUCCUCCACAGCAUCCGACGCCGACCACCGCCGCACAGUAGACGACUUGCUCCUCUUACUCUCCUCUUCGGAUUCCGACGAGUCCGAUUCCAACGAAUCCAAGCCUAACCCCAGCGCCAACAGCAAAGCCCUAGCCCGAAUUCAAGCCCUGGCGCCGCCCCCUAAACCCUCGCCGUCGCCUUCUCCUUCCCCAUCCGCGUCCCCGUCCCCCAGGAGAUUCGCAUCCGCCUCGCCGUCGGAGACCCUCUCUUCACUCGUCUCGAGAACCUUCUCCAGCAACGGCGCCUCGUCCUCUUCGUCGAAGCCGCUCCCCUCGCUCUUUCGUGGAGUCCGCCCCAGCCCCAAGCCCGGCGCCGCGCUAGCCGCUGCUGCCGCAGCAUCCCGCGCGGUCCUCACCCCGCACGCCGCUGCCAUUAAGUCCCGUCGGUCAGUCUCGGCGCCCGUCGAUAAGCUCCUGGAUGAGGGAAGUGGCUCCAAAGCCUCCGAGGAGCUCCCUUCCACUGGGAGCUUGGAAGCAGAAGUAGAAGAAAAGGGGAAUGCGGAGGUGGUUGCUGCGCCGACGGAACAAACUGCAGGUGGGAGUAGGGAUGAGGAAUUGGAAGAGGAGAAACACGAAGAAGUGGGAAUUGAAGAGAAUUCUGAGCCUAGGAAACUGGUGGAGGUAGGUUCCCUGGAUUCUGUAGGCGCGGAGGAUUUCAGUGUGCGUGAGCGAGUUGAAGAUGACAAUUUGGCGGAAACUGACCAAGUUGGGAAUCAAAUUGGGGUUGUCUAUGGAAAAAAUGAGGACGACCAAAUAGGAGAUGAUAAUUCUGUGGAAUUAAGUCAGGGUGUGGAUUCAGUUGUUGCUGUUUCCAAGGAAAGUUUUGACGAUGACCAGGAAGUUGAAAGAUCCGACAGUGUCGUGGAGGAGCAAGUGGAAUCUGGGAGCAUCAUCGAUUGGGUGAUUGAAGAGAGGAUGGAGCCGUUGGAGAUCAGCAGGAAGGCUGAGAAAAAGCUGAAGGUGCCGAUGAAACCAUUAGAGUGGGCAGAGGAGCUUGAGAAGAGGCAGGCCUCAUUUGGACAGCACUGGGAAGAGGGUGCGGCUGCACAACCGAUGCAGCUAGAGGGGAUUGGAAAGGGCCCACCAGCUAUUGGUUACAUGCAAAUUGAGAUGGACAACCCAGUAACUCGUGCCAUGGCCUCACCUUCAUUUAGGCCAGACCAUGGCUCUCCCCAGGUGCUGGCAGUUCAUAGGAACUAUAUAGCGACGGGCAUGUCUAAAGGAGCUGUCAUUGUCAUUCCAAGCAAAUACUCCAUCCAUCAAGCUGAUGAUACAGAUGCAAAGAUGCUGGUCUUUUGGAACCAAGGUGAGAAGACUCAAUCACCAGUGACUGCCAUGUGCUUUAACCAGCAAGGGGAUCUUCUGCUAGUAGGAUAUGGUGAUGGUCACAUCACAAUUUGGGAUGUACAGAAAGCUGCAGCAGCAAAAGUCAUGUACGGUGAGCAUACAGCACCAGUAGUGCAUGCUUGUUUUAUCCGUCAAUCCAAAGCCAUCACUGGUGAUUCAAAAGGAGUAGUUCUAUUGCACACAUUUUCCAUUAUCCGUGUACUCAAUCGCUUGACUGUCAAGGGAACCCAGCACCUUUUUGAUGGAAAUACUGGAAUUGUGCUCUCAGCCUGCCCUCUUCUAUUGGAUGAAUCCUUUGGGUUUAGCAACUCAUCUUCCCAGGGAAACCAAAUAACUUCCUCUGGUGGUGGUUUUGGCAGCAUGAUGGGAGGUGUUGUUGGAGUAGAUUCUGGAUGGAAGUUUUUCAAUGAAAGUUCUUCUCCAAUGGAGGAUGGUGUUGUAGUUAUGUUUGUUAUGCAUCAACAUGCUCUUGUGGUUAGACUCCGUACCAAUAUUGACCAUGUUGAUCAUAUUGAGACCUUCUCUAAACCAGACGGGGCUAGAGAGGGCUCCAUCGCUUACGCCGCAUGGAAAUACACAGCAUCCUUGAGUGAUUUAUCAUCACUAGAUGAAGAACGAGUAUCAUGGCUUGCACUUGCAUGGGACCGUAAAGUGCAAGUGUCAAAGUUUGUUAAAUCAAAGAUAGUUAAACACAAGGAAUGGAAGCUUGAUAGUGCAGCAAUUGGUGUUGCCUGGUUAGAUGAUCAGAUGUUAGUUGUCCUUAAUUUGAGAGGCCAGCUCUGUUUGUUCUCCAAUGAUGGCAGUGAGCUUCGCAGAACCACCUUUGUUCCUGAUGGUCUUGUGUUUGAUGACACCAUACUGCACCAUGCACAUUUUUCUAACAGGUUUGGUAACCCAGAGAGGCAUUUUAACAAUUCGGUUGCAGUAAGAGGUGCUACAGUGUAUAUUCUCGGGCCAACCUUUCUCACAGUUUCCCGACUUCUUCCAUGGAAAGAACGCAUUGAAGCACUAAAGAGGGCUGGCGAUUGGAUGGGUGCACUGGACAUGGCAAUGAGGCUUUAUGAUGGUCAGACACAGGGUGUCGUUGAUCUCCCGAGAACAGUUGAUUCUAUUAGAGAAGCCAUAAUGCCUUACUUAGUAGAGUUGCUGCUAUCAUAUAUAACUUACGUCUUUGAAUAUAUUUCAAUUGCAUUAUCAAAUCAUACCGGAAAAGGGGGAGAAUCAGAUGGCUUGAUAGAGGCCGAUAGAUCUCUGUUGACACAAAGAGAGGAACAAUUUGCUCGUGUAGGAGGGGUUGCAGUGGAGUAUUGUGUCCACAUUGGACGCAACGACAUCCUUUUUGAUACGGUCUUCUCUAAGUUCGUUGCUGAACAAAGUGGAGGUAUGUUUCUGGAGGUACUAGAGCCCUAUAUAUUGAAGGAUAUGCUUGGUUCUUUGCCCCCUGAGAUUAUGCAAGCUCUAGUAGAGCAUUAUAGUGGCAAAGGAUGGUUGCAGCGAGUCGAACAAUGCAUUCUUCAUAUGGAUAUUUCUUCAUUGGAUUUUAAUCAGGUAGUCAGACUGUGCCGCGAACAUGGGUUAUAUGGGGCACUUAUUUAUUUAUUUAAUCAAGGCUUGAAUGAUUUCCGUACACCUCUAGAGGAACUUCUAUCAGUCAUUCAGAACACCAAUAUAAAAGAUGCUGCUUCUACUUGCUACAGGAUGCUUGUUUAUCUGAAAUAUUGCUUUCAGGGCCUGGCAUUUCCUCCAGGGCAUGGGAUAAUUCCCCAAUCCCGCCUUCAUUCAGUGAGAGAAGAACUUGUUCAAUUUCUGCUUGAAGAGUCUAAGUCGCUCACUUCUGAAGUGUUUAAGGGUUUCAAUGCUUCUUGUGGAAAAUGCCCAAACAUAUGCUAUCUGCUAUGGAUGGAUACAGAAGCUACUUUGGAAGUUCUCAAAUGUGCUUUUGCACAGGACAGUUUUGAACCUAGAGAUGACCCUUCUAGUACUAUUGAUGCAUCUGUCUCGGAGGAUGAAGAUGGUAUUGAUGCUGGAAUGAGUCAAAAUAGUAUGGUACAAAAUGCAGUGGACACCAUCAUAGAUAUUGUUGGUUUGGAAAAUGAGGUGAUUCGGUCCAUUGUUAUGGGUACUGAUGAGUCCAAAAUUUGGCCUUCAGAGGGGGAGUUUGGUUAUCUAAUUGAGUUUGUGUCCCUUUUUGUCUCCCGCAAAAGGGCUAAUGCAUCUAAAAGAGUUGUUAUGCACAUUCUUUCUUAUCUCACUUCGUCAUAUGAUGAUACAAGAACACCAACUCGGAAAGAAAAAGAAGUCCUUCAACUCUUCAAUGCAGUUCCCCAAAAUGACUGGAAUUCUGAUUUUGUCUUGAGUCUCUGUUUAGAUGCUCAUUUUCAUCAGGCCUGUGGCUUGAUAUUUACGGCCAGAGACCAGAAUUUGGCUGCUUUGGAUAGUUACAUGGAGGAUAAAGAGGAACCAUUCCACGCUUUUAUCUUCAUCAAUAAAAGAUUAUUCGAAUUGGCUGAUGAUGAAGCUUUGUCAUUUCGUUCCACAGUAAUAUCUCGUUUUCCUGAGCUAGUCAAGCUAAGCAGGAAGUGUGCAUUUGUCUUAGUUAUUGAUCAUUUCCAUGAUGAGAUCCAGCAAAUAUUGGCAGAGCUUCAUUCUGAUCGACAUAGCCUCUUUCUUUUCUUGAAAACUGCUGUUGAAGUACACUUGUCAGGAAAACUUGACUUCAAUGAGCUUAGUGUCAGAAACAAUCAAACAAUUGAACUUCAGUACUCUUCCAGUUACCUUGAAGAUUAUCUGCAGAGGCUAUUAAAUCUCCCCAAGUUAGACCACAAUCCUGUUUCCAUCAACGAUGAGUUAGUUGAACUUUAUCUGGAGCUUUUGUGCCAGUAUGAGCGGAGGUCUGUUCUGAAGUUUCUGGAGACUUUUGACAGUUACAGAUUGGAGCGGUGUUUGCAUCUUUGUCUAGAUUAUGGAGUUACAGAUGCUGCUGCAUUUUUGCAAGAGAGGGUUGGUGAUGUUGGGAGUGCCCUUGCACUUGUUCUAGCUGGACUUGAUGAGAAAAUAAACCUAUUUAUCUCUUCCGUGGAAAAUACUUUUUCUGGUGUUGCAUCAAAAAAUAUCUCCGAGACGAAGCAACCAGACAUUGUUCUAGAAAUGAGUGAGGCUUAUCCUGUGCUUGAUGCAUUACAUGCCUCCAUUGGAUUGUGCCAAAGGAAUUCACAGCGCCUGGACCCAGAGGAGUCUCAGUCCAUUUGGUUCAAAUUGCUUGACUCCUUCUCAGAGCCACUGAAAAAAUUGUAUGGAAACAAGGAUAUAAUUGAAAAAUGUGCCGGAUCCAAGGGGAGUGAAAAACCAAAAGAACAUCCGAAGCGAAAAGGACUCUCACAACAAGUGAGGAUUUUAGCUAAACAAAGGUGCUUGACUGCUCUGCGGAAAGUAUUUUCACAAUUUGUCGGAGAAAUAAUAGAGGCCAUGGCUGGGUAUAUACCCCUACCAGCAAUCAUGGCAAAACUAUUAACCGACAAUGGGAGUCAAGAGUUUGGUGAUUUCAAACUUGUGAUACAUAGAAUGUUGUCUAUGUAUCUUUACGAAAGAAGAAUACUGGAAACAGCUAAGUCAGUAAUUGAGGAUGACUCGUUUUAUACCUUGAGCUUACUAAAGAGAGGAGUUUGCCAUGGAUUUGCUCCGCAGACUUUUGUAUGUUGCAUAUGCAACUGCUCACUUUCUAAAGAAGAUGCAAAUUCAGCCAUACGGGUGUUCAAUUGUGGGCAUGCAACACAUCUUCACUGUGAGUCUGAGCAAAGCAGAUUAUCCAAUAGGGAAUCCAAAGAUGGAUGCCCUAUCUGUCUCUCAACGAACAAUACACAAGCCCGGAACAAAUCACCUAUAUCUGAGAAUGGGCAAGUGAAUUAUUCUGGGGCUGAAAAUGAAGUAUCACAUGGCAUCCAUCACAUUCAUGAAGCAGAUCAUGCUGAGAGAUCUCAUGGGCUUCAACAUAUGUCACGGUAUGAAAUACUGAAUAAUCUUCAGAAAGCACAGAGGUCCUUUCACAUAGAAACUGUACCUCCAUUGAAACUUUCACCACCUGCUAUGUAUCAUGAAAAGAUACAGAAGAGGGCCAUUUUGGUGGGGGAACCCAGCAAACAUUCAUUUAGAAGUCAAAACCCCCAGAAAAUAUGGCAAAUGAAGGAACAAAAAUCAAAACAAACAGGGAACCAGCUUCAGCAAAAGUCAACCGUACUCCGUUCUCAGAAAAGUCAAGUGUCGUAGUGUAAAGAUUGUAUGGAACCAGAUUCGAACUGAUUGUUGAUUUGCUUCACGUUACCAAGGCUGCUGAAGCUUCAAGGAUUAUUGAUUUCACGUUACCCAAGGCUGCUGAAGUUUUCAUCUCGAUGAUGUGCCCAAGUUGGUCUGCAGUGGUGCAAUUUUUAUCUCUCCCUAUACCAUGAUCAAAGUAUUUGUGGAAUUCUCAGUGAGGGUGCUUUGAGCAAGGGAGGAGGGAUCCUAAACCAAGGCGAGAGCAUAGAGACGCGACCCCGAGAGUCUGUUACUUGAAGAUAGAGUAGUUUCUACAGAGCUUACACGUGGUGACAUGAUCCUUGGUCCAUACACUGUCCAUAUACUUCACAGUGAAAAUGCCUUGCUUCGGUUCAUGUAAAAUAUAGUACAAAGGCAGUAGGUCUGGCAUGUAUAGCAACUAGUAACCACGAUUAAUUGAUACGUAGUACACAAUAGCACAACCUCUUUACCAGCUGAUCUGGUAUAUUUUCGGCUUUGGUAUUAGUGCAACUGAUCGCACUGGUGUACAGAACAGAUCUUUUUUUGAUAGACAGAAAUGCACGUCUGGUUGGAGCUUGCAAUUA